GCCCACUGCCGCCCUCCCCCAACGGAUUCGUUUCCCCCCCUCCCCACUGCGCCUGCGCGACCAAGCACGGCCGCUCCUCCUCUCGCGGGGCCUCGCUUCUGCCGCAAUGGAUACCGGAAACGGAAACCCCUCCCUCCGCCAUCGUUUCCCUCAGAGAGCCUAACGGAAGGGGCAUUAUAGAGGCUUUUCGUUUAUUAUCGGGUUAGAUCGUGAGGUGAUUUGCGCAGCAGAUAAAAGAAGUCGGGGGAUAAGCGAGAGGAACAGGUUCCUCAGCGUCAUAACGGCUGACUGCUUUCCGUUAUUUUCUUUAAAAUUCGAAAGCACUCGAGCUGGACGCCCGGGAGGGUCUUCUCUGACCUCUGGAUGACUCCAGUGCCCGUCUAUGCGGAAUAUACGGGAGUCGUAGCCAACCCAAACCCGUUCCUCUCUAUGCGUCACACAGCCUCAGCUUCCGGUAUUUGAUCGGAAGUGGCGGCGCUCUAGGGAACGGCGAGAGGUGCGCCACUCUGGCCCGCGGAAGCCUCUGUGGCGAAAAGCCUCCGAAGCGCCAGUUAGGCUUUGCAAUGGCGAUUUCCUAGAAGAAAUUCGCGUUCAGAUACAUUAUAUAUAUAUUAAGAUACAUUAUACGUUAAGAUACAUAUUAUAUAUUUAUAUAAGAUACAUAUAAUAUAAUAUAUAUAUAUAUAUAUAUAUAUAUAUAUAUAUAUAUAGGUAAUAUAUAUAUAUAUAUAUAUACACACACAAACACACAUUAUAUAGAUAUUAAGAUACAUUAUACGUUAAGAUACAUAUUUUAUAUAUAUAUAAGAUACAUAUAAUAUAUAUUUUAUAUAUAUAUAUAUAUAUAUAUGUAAUAUAUAUAUAUACACGCACACACACACAUUAUAUAUAUAUUAAGAUACAUUAUACGUUAAGAUACAUUAUAUAAAUAUUUUUUUAAAAAUAAUCCCCGUGGUGUAAAUUUCUCCUCGCGAGGAGGACGGGUUUAUGGGGGGGAUAGCGAGGUGUAAGGCCUCCAUUCAUAUGCGAGGACUACAACACCCAGAUUGCCCUGCGGUGGGGAUCCUGCGCCACGUGAUCUUUCCGGGGUCGUCCCUCCCCCCCCCCCCGGUCCUCCCUCUCCAUCAGCUGGAAAAUGGCAGUGCUGAGCCCUGGGGAGCGCUGGGCUGAAGGUAACGAACCCUUCAAGCUGGUGGUGCCAUCGCCUCAGAGCCUGGGCAGGCUGAGAUUCAGGCUGAGAAUCGGCCUUAAGGUGGGAGAUCGGCAUAUGGGGCGUGGGAUCUCAGAUCGCCUCCGCAAAGAAAGCCCGCUGGCCUUUUUAAAAGGGCUGACCAGCGUGAGGGGUUGCUUCCUUUUGCGUGGCAGAAGCGCUCUCCAGAUGCAUCCCUCAAAUGCAUGAAUUGCCAUCCUUAGUUGGUAGAGAGGAAGAGGAAAGUGCUGGAAGAGGUCCAGUAGGUCUGGGGCAUUUCUGUGCCAAGCUUAAUUGUAUAUAAAACAGGGGCUUGGGUGCUGCUUGAGCUUUGCACACAAAAUGUUCCAGGCACACAAAAUGUUCCCCACUCCUUGCAGUAUCUUUCCCUGCCCGUGUGUGUGCCUGUGUGCUUAACAUGCGUAUCUGCUGCAUCACACCGCUAUGAUUUGUUUUUAUUCUAUAUUAAGGUGACUUUCCCGUGUUCUUUUCCCCAGUAGAUUAACGCAGCUCCCUGUUUGGUGGUUCUCGGAUCAUUGAGGGCUGGAGUGAAGGGUAGACUAUAGGGCCAAAGGGGGCAACAGGAAGAGGAGAUGGGGUGUGAGAAUUGAAGUUAUCUUCAGUUUGGGGGUUUCAAGGCCAACCAUGGAAAGCAUAAAGGAAGAAACUAGUGGAGUGAAAACUGGAUUUUAGUGGCAUACCCUUUUGUUUACCAUUCUAUGUCAGCAUUCUGUGCCAUUGUACAGAUUGCAAACAUACUGCCUUCGUUUACCGCUUUAAAUAAUGAAGUCCCACACUUACUAUUAUUAUUUCAUUUCUAUUUAUAUACCACAAACUCAUAUAAAAUACAUCGGUGGCAUAAAAUACAUCAUGGUGGCAACUUGUGUAUAUGAAAGAGCCAUCAUGGGCCAAGCACCACAGGCAGAAGUUUUGUUCUUUAUUCCCCAGAGGCGCCAACAAGAUUUUCGGUUCACUUUAUGUGAAUUGGGCCCUCCAACCCACCCUCAAAAGAGGCACCAUAUGCUUAGUGUGCUCUUGCAGGUGGAAUGGAAGACCCAAAAAUAAAUGGCCACAAAUGUCAUAAAAUGUGUGACAGAUGAAAUGUGAAUGGGUGAAGCUUUGUUCCUAACUAUGUUACCAUACUAUUGAAAAACUUAUCAAGUUGAAUUUCUGCCUGCCACACAAUUACUGAAGGCACAAUAACCCCGCUUCCCCCCAAUUUGAACCCUAAACCCAAAUCUAGUCUGCAAGCCUGUAUGCACUUGCCUGGGAGCAAACUCCAUUAAACACAAGACUUAAACAUCUGAGCAGAUAUGUUUACCAUUGUACUGCAAUUUAACUAUACUGUUCGGUAAAUUCUUAAUGCUUUUCUGGUCUUUAGCUCCUGCGGAACAGGGACCACACUUAAGCAUCUUUGCAAAGUUUUCACAUUCUGCGUUUGCCAUGGGGGUGGGACUCUUUAACAUCCACCUUCACUUACUGUGUAGUAGCAUUUGAGGAAAAUUAACUGUCUUUCUUUGCAGCAUUGAUUGACGAGCUCAGAAGAAAUGCAUGUACAUCGGAGGAAAUGAGAGACAACUUUGAUUACUGUGGGUGUAGUGACUGUAAGAGGAUAAAAAAGGAACAUCUCUGUGACAGUGGCAGGAGUCAGUCAGCGUCUGGGGAAGGGAGCAUGACCUACACAAAAGAACAGCUACUUGGGGUACAAAGGUAAAUAGAAAACCCUUCUGCCUAGAAUACUAGGCUCACAGCCUGUCCAUCUAGUUAAUGGGUAAAUCAAUUUAGCUGAUCCACAGAAGCCAGAUUUAAUAUGAGAAACUGCUAAUAGGGUUUUUUUAAAAGGAGGCUAUUUUAAUUCUAGUAUUUUGCUGUACAAGUCUGUUCCAUCCCAUUCUUGCACCAACCUGUAUUUUUUUUAAAAAAAACCUUAUACAAAAAUGAUGUAAAUAUGUAUUUUAUCCAAUACAUCUGCAUUUUUAAAUGUAUUCCUUUACGCAUUUUGGUACUUUUGAGUCAAAAACCUGAUCAUAAAAUUCAAAGAAAUGUGAAAUUUGAAGGACACAUUGCCGUCUGUACAUAAACCUGGGAGGUGCAAAGUAGGACAGUUUUCUUAUAAUUCAGACUGAAUGGUUUUUUCCGCCAUUAAGUAAGUCUUAUUCCCAGAUAACUAUGCAUAGGAUUGCAACCUAUGCACACUUCCUACCCUGAAUACACUGAGACUUAAGCCUGUUUACUUUGAUGUUAGGUUUGUGCUAUAGGUUGCAUUGCCGAUCGCAUGGUCGGUGGUUCGAAUCCCCGCGGCGGGGUGUGCUCCCGUCGUUCGGUCCUAGCGCCUGCCAACCUAGCAGUUCGAAAGCACCCCCAGGUGCAAGUAGAUAAAUAGGGACCGCUUACCAGCAGGAAGGUAAACGGCGUUUCCGUGUGCUGCGCUGGCUCGCCAGAUGCAGCUUGUCACGCUGGCCACGUGACCCAGAAGUGUCUGCGGACAGCACUGGCUCCCAGCCUCUAGAGUGAGAUGAGCGCACAACCCUAGAGUCUGUCAAGACUGGCCCAUACGGGCAGGGGUACCUUUACCUUUACCUUUUAUAGGUUGCAUUACUGCCUUUGAAACCAACAACAAAUUAGCUUGUUACUUACUUAUCUCAUUAGCCAUACAGGCACUAUCACAGUAACAGUGUGUUGUGAUAGUUGAUCAAAUGCUUGCCCAUGUGCUUUCUUCCUAGAUGAAGUGGUGGGUAUACAUUCUUCCACCAAACUGCCACCUGGCUAUCAUUUAGCUAGGAAUUGUAACAGUGGACACUAUGAUGUGGUACCCACAGGUGCCAUAUAGGCAGCUGCUGAUCUAAAUAAGACAUUCCAUACACAUCAGACUUAACUUUGGCUAUUUCUGGUGCCAAAUAAAGACUGGUGGACUCAUUUUUUCAUUACAGACUUCCUUCAAUGGUUGUAUUAACCAUUCUUUCAAAGAUCUGUAAUAUCUUGAAGUCAAACCAUCUGGUCCUGGAGAUUUACCUAAUUGCAUGUUCUGAAUAGCCCCUUCCACCUCCUGGUCCUUUAGUUUGUAAUUCAACAUUAAUUGUUUUUCCUGAGAGAUUUUGUGUAGUCCAUUUAUUUUCAAAAAUCGAUCAAUGUCCAUUUCUUUCUGCUUCUCCUGUGUAUAAAGUUGUUUAAAGUACCUCUGGAAGCACUUCCUAAUCUCCGCUGGGUUCUGUAUAUUUUUUCCUUCCACUUCCAAAUUCGUAAUAGUAUUGAGUUUUUGUCUUUUCUUCAUUUGCCAGGCCAAUAAUUUCCCACAUUUAUUUGCCAAUUCAAAUGUCUUUUGCCUCAUCUGUUUAAUCUUCCAUUUUAUUUCCUGAUUCAUCAGCUUCGCAUAUUGUACUUGGUAUAACUUUAUCUCUUUCAGAAUUUCCUGUGACUUUGGUUUUGCACUCAGUUUCUUCUCUCCUUCCUCUAUCUUUCCCAAGAUUUUAUCCUUUUUUUCAUUCUGAGUUCUCUUCUUAAUUGCAUUCUGUUGUAUUAGGAAUCCUCUCAUAACCGCUUUGCUUGCAUCCCAAAUUACUCUUUUUUCCACUGUAGUAUUCAUGUUUAUCUCAAAGUAAUCUCUUAGAGUUUUUUGGGCCUUCUUGGUCACCUCUUCAUUCCUAAACAAAGUGUCAUUCAUCAUCCAUCUAAAGGAGCCCAUUGGCAUCAGUUUCAUUUCCAUCUUCACCGCAUUAUGGUCAGAACAAGUUUUGGGGCAAAUCUCCGCUUUGCUGAUCUUCAGAGCCAAUCCCCUGGUUACCCAGGGGUUACAAGCACUAUCACAGUAACAGUGUGUUGUGAUAGUUGAUCAAAUGUUUGCCCAUGUGCUUUCUUCCUAGAUGAAGUGGUGGGUAUACAUUCUUCCACCAAACUGCCACCUGGCUAUCAUUUAGCUAGGAAUUGUAACAGUGGACACUAUGAUGUGGUACCCACAGGUGCCGUAUAGGCAGCUGCUGAUCUAAAUAAGACAUUCCAUACACAUCAGACUUAACUUUGGCUAUUUCUGGUGCCAAAUAAAGACUGGUGGACUCAGCAUCAAUGAAACAGAUUCAUAGUAAAGUAUAACUAUUCCAAUAGAAUAGGCUAUUGAAAUAGCUUCUCCAUUGGUGCAGAAGUCUAAAACAUGCAUCUGCUUCUACUUUUUCUUUACAGUGUUUGAGGUCAUGCUUGGGUAUCUAGUAUAAGGUUACCAGAUUUUUUUCAAUGAAUCCGGGGACACUUAUUAUUCGCUACAUACAUGUGAAUGCUGAGAAAGCUGUAAAUCCAAGAACUGUCCCCAGGAAACGGGGACGUCUAGUAACCUUAAUCUAGUAAGAAGCUUUCUGUAAGUCCUAUGAGGAAAGAUCUGUAUGUAAAGGGUUGUGCUUCUUUUGUAGAAUAAAGAACAGUAAGAAUUACUAUGAGAUUCUAGGUGUUGGGAGAGAUGCCAAAGACGAAGAAUUGAAAAAAGCAUACCGAAAACUUGCCCUGAAAUUUCAUCCAGACAAGAACUGUGCACCAGGAGCAACAGAUGCAUUUAAAGGUUUGUAGAUUACCACAAUAAAGCUGCACCAUCAUGGCCUAGGACCCUCGUACCUACAGGACCGCCUCUCCUGGUAUGCCCCACGGAGAGCCUCAAGGUCCAUAAAUAGCAACACCCUAGUGGUCCCAGGCCCUAAGGAAGUUAGAUUGGCUUCAACCAGAGCCAGGGCCUUUUCAACACUGGCUCCGGCCUGGUGGAACGCUCUGCCUCAUGAGACCAGGGCCCUGCAGGAUCUGAUUUCUUUCCGCAGGGCCUGUAAGACAGAGUCGUUCCGCCUGGCCUUUGGCUUGGAGCCAAUUUGAUUCCCUCCCUCCCUCUCUUUCUUUCUUUUCUUUUCCUUCUCCUCCUGCGAUGAGGCUACAUUUUAAUAUUUUAAUGUUCCAUUAUUUUAAUGUUGUAUUUUAUUUUUGUUUUUAAGUUGUAAUCAUUCAUCUUGUUUUUAUUAUUGCUUGUAAGCCGCUCUGAGCCCGGCCUUGGCUGGGGAGGGCGGGGUAUAAAUAAAAAAUUACUAUUAUUAAUAUUAUUAUAUGUUAAAAAUGACAGUUAUCUAUUAGCAGGUGUUGCAUUUUUUAAAAUUUGCUAAUAUAUAGCACAAAAGGUUCUGUUGAAACAGCAAACCAUAAAGCUCGUAGAUGACAUGUUUGAUUUGUUCCUCUGCAUAUAAUAGGAGAACUGUUCCAAACCAUACUUGCUUUAGGUGAUUCAUAUGUUAAAUUCAUUGCCAACGGUAAAAGCAGAUAUUAUUUCAGCAAGGAUUUCUGCUUAAGCCCAUCAAAUGCUUUUUCUGCAUUGAAGAAUAUUGCAAAGACAUAUUCCAUUCUUUUACAUAAUCAGUUAUACUUAAGAUCCUGCCUAUAAUAAACAAUACAUUUUCUUUCAAUAUAAAUCCCAUCUAAUUAAUUGAAAUGUAUUUUGCUAUAAUCUUCUGAAGCCUUGUAGCAAAUCCUGUGGUUAUGAUCUUGCAGUUUUAAUUAAUGAGGUAAUAAACAAGGGGGUAUAAGAAGUACUCAGAUAAUGGAUCAUUUUCUAAAAUACAUACCAUCUUACUAAUUUCUGAGGACUCUGCAAUUAAGGCUCAUCAGCUCCUAUGUGAGUUUGGGUUUUCUGAUAUGUUUCAUACUAGUAUGUUCUGGUUGACAUUCUACACUGCCGAAGUGAAUGUUCUCUUCUAGUCUUCCAUUGCUGUUCCCCCUAAGUUCGAUCCAGAGAGUUGUUGGAGAAACUGGACACGGAGGAAGGGGUUAAGGGGUGAGAUAAGCCAACUGAUGCAGGGUCAGCCAAGCCAGUUGCUAUGGCAAUGGCCCAGUGCUAUUUAUAUGAAUGAUUAAGGCACACCAACUCAUUAGGUCCAAGGUCUUGUUCUGUAUUUCACGCUGAGUUGUGAAAUGAGUUAGUCUUUUGAUUAGUCAGAGUCUGUGUUACAUCUUAAACUGCUGGAACAACAGAAAUUCUUUAUACAGUGGUACCUUGGGUUACAUACGCUUCAGGUUACAGACUCCGCUAACCCAGGAAUAGUACCUCGGGUUAAGAACGUUGCUUCAGGAUGAGAACAGAAAUCGUGCUCCGGCGGCGCGGCGGCAGCAGGAGGCCCCAUUAGCUAAAGUGGUGCUUCAGGUUAAGAACGGACCUCCGGAACGAAUUAAGUACUUAACCCGAGGUACCACUGUACUUGUCUGUAUCUUUAUCUGCCAGAGCCAAAGCCUGCAAGCUGUGUUUAUAUCCACACAGUGGCGGAGAGCAGGUGGGGGCGUGGCUGGCGUGCACCUGUGGGGGCGUGGCAUGUGUCCCAGAGGCGUGGCACACCAUGCCUGCGGGGGCAUGGUGCCCAGCGGGGGCGGCAGCCAUGAUGGUACCCAACUGGGAUCACGCCGCCGGGGGAGGUGCGCUCCCCCUGCCCCCCUCUUCCUCCACCAGUGUAUCCACAUCCAGAAUGUUUUGCUGAGCCUUCUCUUCUAUAGCAGUAAACUAUUUUGGACCUAGCAGUUCGAAAGCACGUCAAAGUGCAAGUAGAUAAAUAGGUACCACUCUGGCGGGAAGGUAAACGGCGUUUCCGUGCGCUGCUCUGGUUUGCCAGAAGCGGCUUAGUCAUGCUGGCCACAUGACCCGGAAGCUGUACGCCGGCUCCCUCGGCCAGUAAAGCAAGAUGAGCGCAGCAACCCCAGAGUCGGCCACGACUGGACCUAAUGGUCAGGGGUCCCUUUACCUUUUUACCUGCUUCCAUGUGGCGACUGCAACUGGGGGCAAUUUCCACUGCGUGGGUAUCUCACCUCAGAUUCCCAGCAAGGGUUCCACAAACUGCUGCAGAAGUUUCCUCAGUUCUGCAAAACAGAUUGGGUGGGUGUGCUCAGAGAGGAGAGAAAAGGGAGGUCCAAUUGUAUGAGGCUUUGAGGCUGUCUCCUUAUACUUUAUGGGAUGCGGGUGGCGCUGUGGGUUAAACUACAGAGCCUAGGACUUGCCGAUCAGAAGGUCGGUGGUUUGAAUCCCCGCAACGGGGUGAGCUCCCGUUGCUCGGUCCCUGCUCCUGCCAACCUAGCAGUUCGAAAGCACGUCAAAGUGCAAGUAGAUAAAUAGGUACUGCUCCGGCGGGAAGGUAAACGGUGUUUUCAUGCGCUGCUCUGGUUCACCAGAAGUGGCUUAGUCAUGCUGGCCACAUGACUGUACGCCGGCUCCCUCGGCCAAUAAAACGAGAUGAGCGCCGCAACCCCAGAGUCGUCCGCGACUGGACCUAAUGGUCAGGCGUCCCUUUACUUUACCUUUACCUUAUACUUUAAUGAAAAGGUAUUUGUCCAGGUAGUUAGUUAUAUGUUAAAGUGUUUCUAAAACACUUAGCACAUUGCAGUCCUUUGCAAGUUGGGCAUUAGGCUAGAUUGCAGACAUUGUGAUAAGUGACAAGAAUGCAACAUUUUCUUCUUCUUCUUCCAUCCUGCAGCAAUAGGCACUGCUUUUGCAGUUUUGAGCAACCCUGAAAAGAGAUUACAAUAUGAUCAAUUUGGAGAUGAACAGGAGACUUGUUAUACCAAUCUUCCCAAGCAUUAUAACUAUUACAGAGAGUUUGAAGCAGACAUCACACCAGAAGAAAUAUUUAACAUGUUUUUUGGAGGCAACUUCCCAACAGGUGAGUGCUACAAAAACCAUUAUUAACUGAUGCUUCACAAAACUCCAGGCAGCCGGUAAAUAAAAGCCCUGUAACAAAAGUUCAAGUAACUGCAUUUUUUGUUCUCCUUUGCCAAUGACAUUCCAGAAAUUCUGCAACUGCAGUCAUUUGAGGUGUCCGGUUAAUACCUAGACAGAUAUUACUCUUGAAGAUUCUACAUAUGUUCUUAAUAAAUAGAUUCUUACUUCAGCUCUGAGAAAUUUGUAUAUACCCAGAGAUAACCAGACUUUUAUGACAUAAUACCUGGUUUAUUUCCAAAACUGGGAUUAUCUAGAGCAGCCUUUUUCACAACCUUGGGUCCACAGUUGUUAGCUUUUAUGGAAAUUGAAACUAAUACUUCAGAAACUGAUCCUUGCUCCCCAAACCCUCAUAACUAUGGGUCUGGGCCAAGCUAGAUCCGUGGUUAGGCAAAGAAUCAUGGAUAUAGAGAGACAACAGGACUGUACAAGGGUCCCCGAUUAUAAAAUCCUAGAAAACGGGAGCUACGUAGUCGCUCCAGCAGCAUAUCUCUAUUUCCUCACAUCCAGAAACGCAAGAAGGGCUUUUAUUCUUGCUAGAAGCUCAGUCUGGCCCUCACCGGUUCUGGAAGGCUCCUAUAGAAGGGUCCCGUACGCACAGAGACUUUGUGCCUGCCCAUUAGGGGAAAUAGGAAGCCCCGAACAUAUAUUUUUUAGAUGUCCUUUUUAUGUUGAGAUUCGUAGAGACACCAUUGAUCCUUUGCUGAAGAGGCUCGCCGAUCUUUCAGACAAGUCUAAACUUAAUUCUCUCCUCUUAGGCAAAGAUCACAAGACGACCUGGCUGGUAGCCAGAUUCUGCGCCCAGAUUUGUAGGCACAGAUCAUCCUCUAGAAUAAAAUAGAUUACUUAGGGAAAUGCUGAAGUUGCCCUUUGGGGCGCCUCAGGGUCAAUUUUUUUUUUAUGGUAGCCCAAAUCUCAGUUGUACAGAUAUAUGUAUAUAUCUCAAUUUUAACUCAUGAGCUAUUGCUGCAAUCUGCUCCGAUUGUAUGUUUUAUCUUUAUGAACGCUGUUUUUAUUGUGUUAAGUGAGCUGGUCUUUGACCGUAAUAAAUCAUCUCACUCUGAAACUAAUAUUUUUAUGACAAGGGAAGUAGCUAUUCUUCUCUCCCAUUUAAAUAGGACAUGCAUUACUCUUAAAUAAGUAAACAAAGCCCAUUGUUUUUUUUUAAAAAACAACAGGAAAUAUCCACAUGUUUUCAAAUUCAUCAAUGGAUCCCCCAUGUUAUCAGCCACGGAACAGGCAUGAUAGGACUUGGACAGAGGAAGAGGAGGAGGAAGAAACUAGACCACAGGUACUUGGGAGCAGGGAGCCGUUAAGAGCACCCACAAAACACUUCUACCUGUUUCUUUUCCUUAGGAAAGAAUCUGGCGUUGCUUUUGAUUUCCCGGCAUUUAAGAGGAAGUGAUACUUACCGUAUUUCUCGCCCUAUAGGACGCACUUUUCCCCUUCCAAAAAUGAAGGGGAAAUGUGUGUGCGUCCUAUGGGGCAAAUGCAGGCUUUCGCUGAAGCCUGGAGAGCGAGAGGGGUUGGCGUGCACCUUCCCGCCGGGCUCCCAAGGCUUGCGGACAGCAGCCUGCAGCCCGAAACCCGGGGAGCGCAGAGGAGCGUGCCCCGGGCUUCGGGCAGAUAUCCGCAAGCCUGGGGAGACCGCGGGAGUUCCCGCCGGGCUCCCAAGGCUUGCGGAUAGCAGCCUGUUCUGGGAACUUGGGUCGGGGGAAGCUCGGGCUUCCCCCGCGCCUGGGGGGGGGGAAAUUCUUUAUUUCCCCCCCAAAAAACUAGGUGCGCCCUAUGGGCCGGCGCGCCCUAUGGGGCGAAAAAUACGGUAAUUGUUGCAGUUCUUAAUUGUAAGUUGCUCUUCAAGAACAUUUGCUGGCAAAGAAUUUGAACAGCUUUUGCCAGGAACAGAGAGACAGGGACUCCAAUUCCUAUGUGGAUGCAAAUUUCACUUAACAGCAUGGGGCACACUUCGGAGAAAAGAUGAAACUGAAAAUUAACUUUAUUUGUGGGCGUUUGGGGAGUGAAAUAUUAGGUGGGGGAAUGUGCAAGGAUUGUGUUGCAUGAAGUGACAAAGGGCCAAGGUAAGCUUUGAUUCUCUAGAAUGGGAAGAGGUUAUGGAGCCAAAAGGCAUAUUUAUUGAGUUUGGGGAGUGGGCAUAUUGACCUCUGUUCGUGAAAAGCACUUUGUUGCAGCAGGAGCUUUGUCUAUGCGGGGCUGGGGGGAGAGAUUCUGCAAAUUCCUCCUUGCUCUGGAGCAGAUUUGGGGGUGGGUUCUGCAGGAGGAAGGGGAAUGAAUCGCUGAAAAUUGUUAGGUGAGUGAUACUGCUGGAUAUAACCCACCUUGACCAUCAGGGAUUUACUUACAGGAAGGAGGAAACACAGAGAAUUACAUUGAAGAAAAACAAUUGAACACAUUUAGGAGAAUCCUUGCACCGCUAAUUUAAUAAAGCCAUCAAGGUCUUCAGCAUUAAGUAGAAAUGAACAUUUACAUGACAAAAAGCUAGUCUUAGGCGGUAGUUGUUGUGAUGACCUAUUUAAGGCAGCAUUGUGUAUAUAAAAAUCAAAUUAAAAAAAGGAGCAAGCAUGUGUUAUUUCUUUAUAGCCCUCAAAGGAAUAAGCAAGCUGCUCUCCCCUUCCCAUAUUAUUUGUAUUAAAGAGCCUUGAUCGAUAGAUAGGUGUCUAUCAAUACUUUACUUGGGCUAAUUUAAACCACAACCAGUUUUGCUUAAAAGACUAAUAGCUAGCUAAUCUGCCUUAUCUGGAGGCUACUUUUUACGCUUAUUAUUUUGAUUUUCUUAAAUCCCUUGCUUAUAUGUUUCACUAACGAUGGUUUUCAUUUCCAGAAUUCAUACUCUGCAUUUAUCCAGUUACUGCCAGUUUUUAUUAUAAUAGUUGUGUCAAUAGUAACUCAACUGAUGGCAACUAACCCACCCUACAGCCUCUUCUUCAAGUCGUAAGUCCUGAUGUUUUUCUUUGUUCUUCUGGGAGAAUUGACUUGUCCAAUAUAGAGAUUAACAUGUGAUCUGUUAUCUAUUAAUACCAGUAAAAUUGAGAAGCUGAUUAAAGCUUUUUUGCUGUGGAAAAGGCAGCCCCCACAGCCAUAUAUUCAAGCACAGCCUUUUCAAACAGGGUGAUUAAUUUCCAUCUUGAAAGAUAUAGGUCAUAGCUGUAAUGCAACAACUAUAUAUUUCCUUUUAGCACUUUACAGAGAAUCAGUUAUCCUUUUUAUAAAUGAGGACUUUAUGAAAGCUGAAUAAAUACUAAAUGCACUCCUGAGAGCCACACUGUCAAGAACUACAGUGGUACCUCGGGUUAAGUACUUAAUUUGUUCCGGAGGUCCGUACUUACCUGAAACUGUUCUUAACCCGAAGCACCACUUUAGCUAAUGGGGCCUCCUGCUACUGCCGCGCCGCCGGAGCACAAUUUCUGUUCUCAUCCUGAAGCAAAGUUCUUAACCCAAGGCACUAUUUCUGGGUUAGCAGAGUCUGUAACCUGAAGCGUAUGUAACCUGAAGCGUAUGUAACCCGAGGUACCACUGUACUUGAAAUAAAAGCAAACUGGAACAUUCUGAUACCGCAGGAUAGUUUAAAACCUGUUCAUAGUUGCUUGAUUUCUUCAUCAUGUUCAUGCCCAGUUUAAAUAAAGUUUCAAUAAAACCAGUAGAAAAAAGCUUCGGUCUCAACUGGUGAGUUAGACAUUACUUGGAAAAAUAGAGACUAAGGCAUGUGGAAAACCGUUGGCUGUUUUAAAAGCUUGUGUGCUAGAUUUUAGACAAAGGAACUAGCAUUAAAGGUGGAAUUUAAUAAAUAUUUAUGGUUGUGUCUAGCAUUGCUUGAGGAGAAGGCAAGCUUGUGAAACAGAUCUUUCCCCUGUCUCUCCCAACCCACCUUCCCAGUUUUAAGUGGAAUGGAGAAGUCUGCAAAACGUGAUGGAGUCGGUCCUUCAGGGCCACAAUGGAAUGGGGAAAUUGCUCAAAGGUGGGCAGAGAAAUCUUGCAAUUAGCUAUUGCAAGACACCUCUGCCUUAUUUUCAAGUGAUUUCCCACCGGCAACAGCUCUGCAGUCCUGUAAGAUACAGCUUUAUUUUAUAUUUGGUGGCUGCCUUUUGCCCAUGCAACAUUCAAUACAAUUCUUAGCUGAUAUAACAAUAAAUAGUGUGAAGAAUCGUUUUAAUUUACAUCACUCAGUCUUCCUUAUUGGCAGUAUUCAACCAAGUUGUUCUGUUAGCACACGGGCUUCUAACUGUGCAACACAACUUCCCCACCCUCUCCCCUCCCCAAAAUCUAUUCUGGGGAUUUCUCCAAUCCCCCGGAGCAGAUUUGGAUGUUCUGUUUCACAAAUGGAAAUCCUUGCACUCAGAGAAUUUAGUCGGAUGCCACACAUAAUGUCACAUCCUGACAGGUUUGCUUUAUUUUUCAGAUCCUUCUGUACAUUUCAGAAAUGAGUUGGUCAUAAUGCUGACCAGUUCAAAGAGCUGCAAUUCUUUUGGAUUAUAUUAGCAUCUAUGUGGAUUCUAUAAUAGCUGGACAGGACUCCAGGAAUUACAGGAUCCUAUACAUGAAAGGAUAUGCAAAAAUUGCAUAUUCUCAGAACAGAGAAAGAAUAUGCAAUUUACUUUGAGAACAUUUCUGUUUUUAGAAGACAGGCAAUUUCAAAUACCAAUGUUAAUAUGGCAAAACCGUAUUUCCUUUUCUUUUUCAAGUGGUUAAAAUGCUUUCAUUGUUUGCUUCCUCUUUCAGGAAUCUUGGGCACACGAUUGUUAGAGAAACACAGAAUCUACAGGUGCCUUACUAUGUUGAUAAAAACUUUGAGCAUAACUAUAACGCCGAAGAGCUUGAAGAGCUUGAAAAACACAUUGAAAAAGAUUAUAUCGAUUAUAUCCAGACUAGCUGCAGGAAAGAAAAACAACAAAGUAGGUUGUGUUUUGUUCAUUCUUAAGCACCCCACGUGUGUGCGUUGGUUUAAAAUCUCGACAACGAACUCUGACAAUGUCAAAGAGCAUUCGUGGUGUGCCAAAGUCAGGUGCACAAAAAUGGCUAGCAUCUAUAAUGAUACAAGGAGAGAAGUAGAUAUCAAACUCCACGCUAGUUUAGAGCUGGCUGAUAGCAUGGAAGCAAUACCAUUGGAAAAUUCUCUACUGUGUCCUGCUGAACUAGCCCACAGUGGUUUCUGUUUUCUCUGUAUUCCACUACGUCGUACCGUGUUUUUCGCUCCAUAAGGCGCACCUGACCAUAAGGUGCACCUAGUUUUUAGAGGGGGGAUUCAAGAAAAAAAAUAUUCAAAGGGAGCGCUGAGCAGAGCCUCUUUUGAGUUGUAUCUUUUUCUCCCAGUGCUCUUCAACACCGUUUUUUAAGACAAAAGUGUUGCUACCCAGGCUGUUCCUUUUCUUUCUUCUUAGAAUCUGAGCUAUCGAAUUUGGCGAAGCUGUACAGAGAUGAGCGGCUGAAACAGAAAGCAGAAUCUGUGAAACUUGAGAACUGUGAAAAGCUCUCCAAUCUCAUAGGACUACAAAGGAGUCGUCAGUGGGCAGAGGCAUGAAGGGAGCAGCACUAACAGGCCACGUGUGCUACUGCGAGGAAUUUCUUCUUGGUUCUGUUUUCCUUUUUAAAUGAAGAGGAAAAGCAUAACGUAAAGACUUAAUACUUAGUAUCCUCAUCAUCAUCAUCAUCAUGUACAUGGAGAUGAAUGAACUGAGCCCCAAGAGGCAACACUUGCUGUAAGAUAUACAGUAUAUUUGCUUCCAAGGCCCAGUAGUGUUUCAGUGUUAAUGAUUCCUUGGCAAUUUAAUUGCAUUCGGCAGCUGUCUUCAUCUGAUCCUUUGCUGCCAUUCGGGGGCCUUGCAGAUGUUUCCUGGGAACAUACCCCCCUCAUUCUCACUGGUGUUGCCGUAAGCAUAGCGCCCACAAAAUCAGAUCAGUCACUCCCUGAACAUCUUACAUUGUCAUUUCCUCUGAAGCUGCUGUUUAUCACACUUUCAGCAAACGAGAGAAGGGACAAGAUUUGGUUUUGAUAUAUAUCUACUCUGUUUCUACAGAGCUUGCAGUGAAGGCAGCCUCAAGGAUGUAACCCUAUUUUUAAACAGUCUCGUAGUAAACAGGAAUACCUGGGCUUCAUGUUUUGGUCCUCAGGGUGACCUUGGGGCAUUCAGAUUUGGGGCGCUAUGAUUUUUGUAUGUCCAUGGAACAGCUACAAUUGCACUCCGCUGAGUUUCAUAUGCUGGGAUCUUGGAAUCUUUCAUGUAACAGGAGGUGGAAGAGUUAACGAUUGAUCACAGCAGCUAUAUUAACAGUUCUAUAGAGUUAUUUUACACAUCCUUCACCAACAGCACUAUAUAGAAACACCUAUAUACAUGUUCAGAUUUGUAGCAGAUUGCAGCUGCACUGCGACAUACCCUUAUUGAAAUAACAGUUUCAAUUCCUAAGAGGCAUUAUUAAAUAAAAACCGCUUAAUUUGUAAAGCUUUUUUAAAUACAGGCAUGUUUUCUUUAUUCUGGAAAGCUAUUUCUUAUUGGGGUCAAGGUAUCUGAUCUCAGUCCUGGUACUUAAAACGCCUGUGAAAAGAGAUUAAAUGAAACUAAUGGAAUUUGAAUUAAUUUAAAAGACGUAGACAGCCUAUUAACACAAAAAGUUAAUUUGGCAGGAGGUUCCUGCUUAAUAAUUUCGUUUGCUCAUGAGCUAAAAGGUACUUGAAGAGGAUAACAUUUUUUAAGAGUGUGGGCUUUUAUCUGUUCUGAAUAUUCUGGUUACUUGCUAAAGGGAUAUAAAUAAGCCUAGUGCGUUCCAGAAGUUUUGGUCCACAACUCACAUCGCUGAUCAUUGCCCAUGAUGACUGGGGCUGAUGAGAGUUGUAACCCAAAACAUCUGCUGGCAUGUGCUUAUCCAACAUCGUGGUUGAGGUUGCAAUCCUACUGGAAAUAAGCUUCACUGAAACUCAGUCAGAACUUAGUGGGACUUCUGAGUAGAUGUGUACAGCUUAGGGUUGUAGCGGUCAUUUAUGACAAAGUGGUGCCUCCACUGUUCUCCAAUUAAACCAGAUUGUUGAAUGAUACGCAUACAUUUUGGCAUAUAGUUUAUCCCUUCCCUUUAUGUCAGUGAUUCACCUAACACCCAGGGACAAUUAUGUCCUAGCUGUGCUUGCUUGCACAGAUUCCCAGGUAACGUGUGCCUGGGAAUAUUUCUAAGUUAUAUUUUGGAGCUAAUGAUACUUUUAGGUAGCAAAUGACCCCAAAAUUUGGCCAGAGUUGCAAAAGGCCUCUGCUUUAUUAAUACCGUAUAUAUUCGAGUAUAAGCCGACUUUUUCGGCACAUUUUUUAUGCUGAAAGCAGCCCUUUUGGGCUGCUUGUUCUUCCUCCGCCGCUGCCGCCACCACCAGGUUUGUGGUGUGGAGAACCAGCUUAUACUCAAGUCAAUAAGUUUUCCCAGUUUUUUGUGGUAAAAUUAGGUGCCUCGGCAUAUACUCGGUUCAGCUUAUACUCGUGUAUAUACGGUAAUAACAUUUUAGAAAUGACUUGGUUGGCAAACUGAAAGAAAGCUAACACCCUGAUUUAUAUUGUAUACAAAUUUAACAGUGUAUUAUUUGUUUGUCCCUGUUAGGCUACAAGUAAAUCUGUAGUCAGUUGUAGCAUCAGUUAAAGACUUGAUUUACCCUUAUAAUUAAAUGUACUUCAUGUGCAUGGUAUUUGAAAAGUUUACUGGUUUUUUUUAACUUCACAUUGAGCACAAUCUUCUAUUUAUUUAUUUAUUUAUUUAUGUAUUUAUUUGUUGUGGUUUUGGUGAGAUUAAUUUUUCUGACUGUAAAUAUGGCAAUAUGGUAACUGUAUAUGACUUCAUUGAAUCUUGAUUGUACAGUUCAUUUUUCAUAAACCAUGUAGGUGUGUAUUGUACACCAGAUGACUAGUAAAUUAGGUAUGCUAUCCUUUAAGUCCUGAGUGAGAAAUCAGGAAAUUUAUUGGAGUGAUUAGUGGAUUUGCAGUCAACAGUUUUCUGUUAUUUUGGCCUCAGCCCUUGAGCAAUUUCACUAGGACUAUUGCAGUGUUUGAAGAUUUCACCAUUAGUUUCGGGAACAAAAAUUUCAGUAUGUUGUUUUUUUUAAUAAAAAAAAAACCAAAAACAAGUAAUUUACAAAUGUAUUGCAUUGUUCAGCCAUGAAAAUGACAACUUCCGCUGUGUUGUAUGGAAAUAAGAAAUGAAAUAAAAGAUUAUGAGUAUCAAAGCUC